CAAGACAAGGGUACACAAACGGAUAAUAUACCGGCAAAUGAAGAUCUAUACGCAAUCAUUUCCAAGUUAUCUUUACAAGUAGAUAACAUGGGGAAGAAAUUGCAAGAACUAGAAGAAACUAAAAGUCAGCAGCAUGACUAUAAAAAUGCGGAACUACAGAAAACAACUAGUGGUCAGCAGCAUGACUUGAAAAAUGCGGAACUAGAUGGAGACGUUGGGAAACUCCAAAAAACCCAUAACAGUGUUAUUAAUGCAGGUACAGCAAGUAGCUCAUCUACAAUGAAGACACCUGUAAAACCAAAAAAUAGCAACCUCAACAAAUUAUUCGAAAAACCAUAUACUCCCACAUCAAAAAACCCAGUUGUAGUGCAACCCCAAACUAUUACUUAUUCAGAAAGUCUGAACCAAGCUAAAAGGACAUACAACCACAUAUCCCGCACCUACAUAGACAAUAUGUACAAAUUACAAACAUUUUUAAACUUAAACCCAAGAUCCAGAAAUACCACUAACCCAGAAAAAGACUAUAUUACCCAACACUUACAGAGACAUAAUAAACUUAUAGCCCUACCAGGUACAAACCCAAAUUUAGUAAGCACUUGCUACAAUUACGGAUUACUAAGUACUGUUUACACUACUACAGGAGAAGAGAUAGUAAACAUUACAGAAGUAUAUAAAGCAUUUACUACCUACAAAAGAGUUACUAAAGGAACCUUUUUCUAUGUAAGAUUCUAUACUGCCCCAGCAGAAAUAUUAUAUGAUGAAAUCAAACCUAUUAUACAAGUUGUUAAGAUUGGAUUGACUAAAGAAAUGAUUAUACCGGAACAAAUCGAAGCACAGCCCGAAAUACCCAAGACAGAGAUACCGGACUUCUUUGCAAACAAAAGAAUUAUUGGAUUGGCUACUAUACUUAAUGAGCUAGUACAUACGUAUACAAAUGAAGUACCAAUGUGGAUAUAUUACUCAAGAGAACAAACCCUGAUCUACUCACAUGCAAGGGAAAUUAGAAGACAUGACCUAGAAGAUAUAAGAUUAUGGAUUAACAGUCUGAUAAAGCCAGAAGAAAUACCCAUGACAAGAGCCAUCAAGAAAAAUUAUAUUACAGAAAAUCUAUUGCCAAGAUACUGCAAGCUUAUAGGACCAAAAUAUCAAGAACACAUAUGUACAAAAUGUAACGGAGAAGACAACAUCGUGCCAGAAUUCAACAUGGAAUAA